AUCGACUGCUGCAUUCAUAACGUGCUGCCGUCACCCGACCGCUUGACCGGCGUGAAUUACUGUUGACAGCUGUUAAUGUACGAAGAUCGCGACAUUUGACCUCUUAUCAGUGUGUCGGUGUCCGCGCAAUCGAUAUAAUCAUACACAGCCCUGCAUUCCUCUCAUCGACAUCGCAUUUCAGAUGCAUAAUUAGGUAUGGUAAUGCAGUGGUUGGUAGUGUGCGCCGUUCUGGCGGUGGUGUCGACAUGCCCCCUGGAGCCAACGGGGCGUGCAGGAGCAAAGUCCCCUGGGGAUAACUUCUACAGGUUACUGAUCAACGGUGAAGUCGAGCGAUAUCUACCCGGACAGAGAUAUGUCGUAACGCUGGUGGGAUCCCGGACGCACGAUGUGGUGCAGCAGUUCACUAGAUUUAAGCUGACAUUGGAACCUCAGGGCGGCGGUGAGGUGCGGUCAGCCAGCCGCUUAGGACAGUUUCAGUUGUUUGCUGAUACAUUGACCUCUUUCGAUGAGGAAUGCGUCAAUUCUGUGGUGGAGGCUGACGACUUGCCUAAGACCGAGGUCCAGGUCAUGUGGAAGGCGCCGCCCUCCGGCUCAGGCUGUGUAUUGCUCAAGGCAAUGGUGUAUGAGAACGAAAGUCGGUGGUUCGCGGAGGAUGGUCAAUUGACGCGGCGCGUGUGUGAAGACACCUCCGCUUCUGCCCCACGUUGCUGUGCCUGUGACGAUGCCAAGUACAGGAUGGUGUUCCAAGGGCUGUGGUCGCCGGAGACACAUCCGAAAGACUUUCCGACGCAAGCUAUGUGGCUCACGCACUUUUCGGACGUAAUCGGUGCUACACACGCAGAUGACUUUUCCUUUUGGGGCGAGGGACAGAUUGCUACCGAUGGAUUCCGGUCUUUGGCGGAAUGGGGUUCGGUGGAGCUGCAGGAGCGCGAGCUACGUCAACAAGCGCGUCAACUGCGCGCCAUAGUGAAGGCACCUGGUUUAUGGCACCCGCGACUUAACCACAACACCAGUGCUCUCUUCACUGUCGAUAGGAAACGACACUUGCUUUCAUUGGCUUCUAUGUUUGGUCCCUCUCCGGACUGGGUGGUUGGUGUCAGCGGUUUGGAGUUAUGUCAGAAGGAUUGCACCUGGGUCGAGUCCAAGGUGGUCGAUCUCUAUCCGUACGACGCAGGCACUGAUAACGGUAUUUCAUACAUGUCGCCGAAUGCCGAGACUGUGCCUCGCGAGCGUAUGUACCGCAUCACACCCAUGUAUCCUGAAGACCCUCGAGCGCCCUUCUACAACCCUGGAGCUACAGAAGUACCUCCCAUGGCGCGACUCUACCUCACCAGGGAAAAGCUCAUCUCCAAGUCCUGCGACGAAGAGACCUUGCAGUCUCUGGUUAUCGAGGAGACUGACAACACAGAGUCAGCAGUCAAACCGGAGUGUGCGGUUGGCGCGUGGAGUGAGUGGUCGGCGUGCUCUGUGUCGUGUGGUAAGGGGUUGCGUAUGCGCAAUAGACAGUACAUCAUGCCGCAGAAGGCUACCAUGUUCGCUUGCGAUCGACAGUUAGUAGCCAAGGAAAUGUGCGUCGCGACAGUUCCUGAAUGCCCACCAGACAAUAACGUAAAUGACGAUACCGAUCUAACCGGUGCUGAAGUAUCUGAUGUAUCGGGUGUGUGCGCCGUGUCUGAAUGGGAAGAUUGGGGCGAGUGCUCCGUUACCUGCGGUGCCGGUGUGUCCGUCCGAAGGAGACAUUUCUUACAUCGCAUGGGCUUCAAGAAAUGUCCACUGGUCAAAAUAGAGGAGAACCGCAAAUGCAUGGAGGGUCCGUGUCCGGAAGACGACAGCUCAGCAUCGGACCCUACGUGUCCGACUACGGCGUGGACGGCGUGGUCAGCAUGCUCGGCAUCGUGCGGGGCUGGCGUCACGUUCCGCAGCCGCCUGCUGCUGGUAGCGCCUGAGCUGCAGCUGUCCUGCGCGGACAGGGUGCAGCUGUUGCAGCACCGACCGUGUACUCUACGCAAGGACUGCAGUAUCGACAUGCUCACCGCUAAACGUAUCUGCAUGGAGGCGCCAGAGCCGGGCCCAUGUCGUGGUGUAUACCAGCGUUGGGCUUUUGUGGCCAUGAAGGGGAUGUGUGUGCCCUUCACCUACGGUGGAUGUCGUGGGAACCAGAAUAACUUUGUCACCCAGCAGGAAUGCCUAGAUACUUGCAGCGUCAUCCUUGGUGGGGCGGGUCCAGGCGGUGUGGGUGGACCAGGAUUGGUUCAAGACCCCACGUUUAGCGUUAAUUCUUCUUCUGGCAACAAUUCCGAUCGGGGUGAAGCACGAGCGGGCGACUGUCAGAUGAGUGCCUGGAGCGAGUGGAGUCACUGUAGUGUUAGCUGCGGCAUCGGAUUCCAGCAGCGUACCAGGACAGUAUUGGUGGAGCCUAGCCCCGGAGGCGCUGCCUGUCCACCUCGCCUCGUACGUCGCCGACGAUGUAACAGGGUUUGCUAGAACAACUAACCGCAUAUCUAGAAAGAUUUAGAUAAACAUUUUUACUAGUGUAGUCAGUUUCUAGUUGUCAAUUUUAAUAUUAAUAUUGGAAUUGGAAAAUAUGGAGUAUUUUGUUCUAGUAUACAAAAGCUGUAACAAUUUAAGAUGUUAUAGAAUGUUUUUAAUAGGGUCACGUUAAAAAUGACAGAUUUUAUUUUCCAGAUUUAGUUUGAUAUAAGACACAACUCCUAUACAACUUUAAGCAUUUUUCAGCAUUUAUUUGUUCCAGUAAAUAUUUAGAUAGGUAUGCCGACAUUUACCAAUAAAAUAAGAAUUUGAUUAAGUUACAUAUAAGUUAUGUUUAAUAAUACACGAAUCGAGAAGCAAUGAAAUACACAUUUCGAUUCGUGUAUUAACAUAUAUUGUUUUCCAAUGAUAAACGUCGAUAAAACCAAAGAAUAUUCAAAGAUAAUUCAUAAUUAUUAAUCUAAUAAUGCUUGAUCAAAUGCCAAAAUAUCAAAAAAGAUAUUGGAAUAGUCUUUUAUCUAAGUGAUCCUUCCUUACUCCGUGUGCGCCAAAUGGAAAUUUAUGUAGUAGUGUAAGCUGUUCGAGUCGUUCGGUGAUUUAUUUUAUAACCCCAAUUUUCCAUACCUAUACAUAGGAACAAACAUAGGAACCGUGAGAAAGAAGAAGAAAAUAAAAUAAAGCAUAUUUGAUUAAGAUGUGUAAGCGUAACCGCAGUUGCAUUAUUAAUAGAGCAAUAAAGAAAUUCAUAAAG